GAAUCUGACCAAAAAAAAAAACAUGAAAAGAAAGACGUACUCUCUGUAAUUCUCUAGGGUUUUCGAUCAAUCAAAUGCUCCGUACAUAGGCUUUGAGUUUCCGUACUACAAAAGCCCAAAGAUUCUUGGAGUGGCUAUCUAGGGAUACAAUUUUGGAGGUCGUCGUGCCUUGGUGGAUUAUGAUGUAGUGGAGGAAAUUGCUGGAUGCCUCUGUAAGAAGUGGUGAUGCUAUUUCACUCUGUUAGCUAAAACUAGGAUUUUCCUCAAUGGAGGCCUUUGACUCUGUGUGAUUGAAGAAGCAAGGAAACCGGAGAGCAGGGUUGAACAAAGUCACGCCCUGGAAGCAGAAAGCAUGUUGGCCAAGCAAUUGAAGCAUGAGGAGAGUUCAAUGGAAGGAUCAUCAUGUCAAAUGACUACUGGAUGGAAAUGUCAUCAAAGGGAAAUAAAUGCUGCACAUAUUUUGGUACAGAUGGCUAAUGAAGAUUCUGGUUUGCUUCGUCACGGGUUAAAUUCGCAUGGAGUGAAGCAUAGCAUGAAAGGGAUGCUGAGAAUGAGGUGGGAAACGAGAGGUGGUAGAAUGGCAGGUGAUGGUCAUUCUGAAGUGGAUGGGAGAAAGGCCAAGUUUCUGGCAAAGGGCCAGCAAGCUGCCUUGGGAGGUCAGAUGAAUGAUGGAGAUAGUGUAGUCUUGGCUUUAUCAGCAAUGCCAUGUCCUGGAAGGAGAAAGCAUAGAAAGAUGAACAUCGGUAUGGAACUAUCUUCUCUUGGACCAAAGUAUAUGAACUGUAAUGUCAGUGAGGACAAGGAUGACAAUUUGUUUGAAGAGUGUGGAGUUUUUGAUGGUGAUGAGCUGACUAGUAGAUGGGGAAACAAUAACCAGAAAUCAAUUGAAGCUGGUCUCGAGGAUCCUCAUGAUAGAUUAGGCAUGUCAAGGAUAAAGAAGCGGAAAACAGUGGCAAUAUCCUGCUUUAGUAGAGAAACUGAGGAUGUUCAUCGCCACUAUCAUCAUGUUGGAAGCCAUCCUGCUGCACCACCUCUGGUUUUGAUGGAACCAACAUUAAACAAAAGGGAGAGGUUUAGGGGUAUGAAACGUAAGAUGAACAUCGCCACUAUCAGCCCAAGCUCUGAAGAAGUAAGAGCUCACUUUCGCAAGGAGGAAGCAUUGAGGUAUUUAGUCUCGGAUAGGGGAUUUUGUUACACUGCUCUGGAUGGUAGAAAGUCUGCAGUCGCUCCUCUAACAAAGAUGAAAAAGAUUGCCCGAUAUCAUGUUAUACUCAAACCUGAUAGGCCGCGUCAUAUUUACACCCUGUGUCUGGUGCGGGAUGCAGCUGCUAGAUUGCCUGGAGGUGUGGGCACCAGAGCAGAUAUUUGUACACUCAUGCGCGACUCACAGUAUCUAGUAGAAGACACCUCCGAUGAACAACUUAAUCAAGUUGCUAGCAAAGGACUGGACAGGCUGCACUAUGAAGUUGAUCCCUGCGUCAGGUAUGAUGGGAAGUUGUGGGUUUAUUUACAUCGAAAUAGAGGGGAGGACGACUUUGAGGACGAUGCUACAUCAUCUGCCUAUGUAAGAAGAAGGUACCGCGGAGUGUAAUGGAGCGAUGCAUCUGUUCAUGGAAGAAACUUGCACAUUAUUCAGAUUAGGAAAUGAUAGAAAGCAGCUAGCUCUUUUGUUUUAGUUCAAAGACGACUUGAACUCUCGUCAUAGGUGCCGCAAUGUAUCCUGAUUUUGUACAUGAAGCCAUUACAAGGUCUUUCAUUUGAUUCUGAUAUAGCAACUAAAGAUUGUUGCUUACAAUAUAAAACAAUAGCACACAUUUUUCCCUUUUUUUUUUCUUUUUUUCUUUUUUCAAAUGUGUGCGGUAGAAACCUAUAUAUAGUUUGGCUCUAAAGCUUCAUUGGCAUUGUUCUGAGGAAUGAAUGAAUGGAAUUCUCUUUCAGAUUGGGGAAGAAACUAUCUCAGUCUUUUUUACACACAAUUUCUGGGCACUUGAAGCUCUCACCUUCUCGAAAUCUCACACAAAUAUUACAAAAAUCCAAGAACCAAUCCAACGCUCUGAGAGUUCUUGACCUCAUCACCCCAAAACCAACCUCCACUGCAUCUCGUCGCCAAGGCCAUCUUCGCCUCAUUCAGGACGUUCUACACUCAGAUUCCGAUCAACUCAGCAACCCUUCUUCUUUCUCUGGUUCUCAUUCAUCAAUACAGUUCUCUAAUUUGUUUGAUCAGCUAUUCGAUUCUAGCCCAGUUGAUUCUCAUUCAUACCCAGAAAGCUUUACAAUUGAUGCGAGUGUUAUUUCACAUGCUAUAAGCUCUUGUGGGUCUAAGCGUGAUCUUCGUGGUGGGGUUCAGCAUCACUGCGCUGCAGUACGAAGUGGGUUUGGGGCCAAUGUUUAUAUAGGAAGCUCUUUGAUACAUUUGUACGGUAAAUGCAGUGCGUUGGAGAAUGCGUAUAAGGUGUUCGAUGAAAUGCCUGUGAGAAAUGUGGUGUCAUGGACGGCGAUUAUUUCAGGGUUUGCACAAGAGUGGCAGGUUGAUGUGUGCUUGGAGCUUUUCAGUGAAAUGAGAAGCUCCGGAUCGAAGCCGAAUGAUUUUACGUAUGCAAGUGUUCUGAGUGCUUGCACAGGCAGUGGAGCUCUGGGGCAAGGGAGAUGUGCUCAUGGCCAAACGAUUCGAAUGGGUUUCGAUUCGUAUGUUCACAUUGCUAAUGCUUUGAUGUCUAUGUACUGCAAAUGUGGCGCUGUUAAGGAUGCGCUUUACAUAUUUGAAAGUCUGGAUGGCAAAGACAAUGUGUCUUGGAACUCCAUGAUUGCAGGGUAUGCCCAGCACGGCCUUGUGCUGCAGGCCAUUGAUCUUUUUGAAGAAAUGAAGAAUCGAGGCGUGAAACCCGACGCCAUUACUUUACUCGGGGUGCUCUCUUCGUGUCGCCACGCGGGUCUUGUGAAAGAAGGCUGGCAUUACUUCAAUUCGAUGGUCGAAGAACAUGGCAUUCAGCCUGAACUAGAUCAUUAUUCGUGCAUUGUGGAUCUCCUUGGUCGGGCAGGUUUAUUGGACGAGGCUCGAGAUUUUAUUGAAAAGAUGCCUAUUCGUCCCAACGCCGUUAUUUGGGGCUCGCUUCUUUCUUCUUGUAGGGUUCAUGGGGGCGUCUGGAUUGGCAUUGAGGCUGCAGAGAGCAGGCUGUUGAUGGAGCCAGGGUGUGCUUCUACCCAUGUGCAAUUGGCAAACCUGUACGCUAGUUUGGGUUGUUGGGAUGAAGCAGCAAGAGUAAGAAAACUGAUGAAAGACAAGGGAAUCAAGACAAGUCCUGGGUUCAGCUGGAUUGAGAUCAGUAACGAAGUUCACAGAUUUAGAGCAGAAGACAGUUCAAACCCCAGAAUGAUUCAAAUAAUUGGAGUCUUGGAUAGUUUGGCAGACCACAUGGUCCGCCUCAAAACUUCAGGUUGUGAGCUUCAAAUGCAAGAGGAAGAGGAUGCUCCAUGAUGCUUUAUAUAUACCAGUUUUAACUUGUAUACCAUCCAUUGGAGGUUGAAUAGAAAAUUCCUGUAGAUUGUGCCCUUACCACACUAUGCAAAUGUAAUCCAAUAACGGUGUAAUAUAGGCAAUACGAUCACAUUUUUCUG